AUUUGCAGCAGAGCGUGUCGGAUGCUGCGCCUCCGCUCCGCGCUGCUCCCACUGCGCAGGCGCAGAGUGUCCGGGACGCAGAGCAGAAGAGGGAGAUAUACAAAAAUGGCCCUCGAUAAUUUAAUUUUCGCGCAGUGCAUCCUUUAUUUUUUAGCCUUUGCGUUCGGUUUCAUCGCCGUGGUGCCUCUCUCGGAAAACACCGAAGAUUUCCGGGGAAAAUGCCUGCUUUUCACGCGGGGUAUGUGGCAGAAUGAGAACAUCACUGUGUCGAAGCAGCGCUUCAUCGUGGAGGAGUGGGGACCCGAGUCCUCCUGCAGCUUCAUCACUUUUGUCGGGAUAGCGUCUCUCAUCCUGUCCGCAGUGCAGGCAUGGAGACUGCUGUUCUUUCUAUGCAAAGGACACGACGACUCCAUCUUCAAUGCCUUCCUGAACCUGCUGAUCAGCUCGCUGGUGGUGUUCACAGUCUUCCUGUCCAGCACCAUCGUCAGUGUGGGCUUCAACCUGUGGUGUGACGCCAUCACCGAGGGGGGGACGAUGCCCAGCAGCUGUGAGGAGCUGCAGGACACCGAUCUAGAACUGGGCCUGGACAACUCCGCUUUCUAUGACCAGUUUGCUAUAGCUCAGUUUGGCCUCUGGGCUGCCUGGCUCACCUGGUUGGGUAUAGCAGUGAUGGCCUUCUUGAAGGUCUACCACAACUACAGACAAGAGGACCUGCUAGACAGCCUGAUCCACGAGAAGGACCUGCUGCUGGGCCGCUCCUCACGCCGCAGCUCUGAUGGGGACCUCAAGACCGGCCUGAUCUAGAUCCCUGAGGACACACACACCACACACACACACACACACACACAUACGGUCAUCUUGCGUGCCAUGAGAAACACCAGUGUUUGCCUAUUUAGACAAUCAAAAUCAAUUGGCUUUUAUGUAUUCCUGCUGAAUCAAAUCGAAGGUUUUAGCUUUGCUCUGUAAAGGUAAUUGAUUUUCCUUUGAAAACACCCUCAAUAGCUGUUUAUCUGUGAAGAAUCCUGCUAUCUUUGAGCAUAUUGGCUUUAUCUGCUGUGUAUAUUCAGAGUUUUGUGAAGGCGUUAGAGCUGACAUGCAUUCACCCUUCAAGAAAAACAGCCAUAAUGAUUAAGCUUUGAUAAUAUACAGCCAUUUCAUGAGGAGGUAUACCAAGCUGUUUUUUUUUUAUAUAUUUUUCAAGCUCAUGAGCAAGGUUGCUGAUGACUCAGAGUGGAGGAAGAGACGUUUAAAAGGGAUCAUGUUGUCUUUGUGUAACUUUUGCAUGGACCUUAUGCAUGACACAUUUAUUAGGGUGGUUUUUAGAUGUAAUGGGAUGUUUUUUAUAAACCAGCCAGGGUGUUUUUGAGAGGCGUUUUUCUACCAGAAAAUGCCUCUCUGGUGAAGUGAGAACUCUUUGCAUGCUGCAGCAAAGUCAAAUGAUGUGUGCUUUUGCAGUGUAUUUACAGUUAUAUCUACAAUUACAAAAGGUAUUUUAUAAAAACCACGACGCUGUAGUUGUGUAUUGGGCAGCCAGUCUGAAAUGCUUUAGUGACCUGUGUGAAAAAAUACAGAUCCUAUCUUGUUACAUAGUUACUCAGGCUACCCCUUUCCCCUUAACUCCACACUAUAGCCUACAGACCAGUGUACUGUAUAUUGUGACUAGACACACACAUAGACCUGCAUGCAUCUCUCUCUCUGUCACACACACACACUACCUUGUCUAAUGCUGAAACAAGGAAUCAAGUCAUCUGCUUCAUUGACUUUGAUAUGCAAUGACAGUUUUAUUCAAAACAAUUCAAAUCAUAAAAAAGGUAGGAACUAAGAAAACCCUCCAAAAAGGCACUUCUUUCAAAGUGACCAUAAACGUUUUGACAGCUGUGAAAUGCAGUUACUAAGCAAAAUGUGCAUAUACAGGACUUGGGUUCACUGGGUAUUGUUUUAUUGCUAAUGACUAGUCAGUUUGACAGUACAUAGAGUGUUUCUUUCUACUAUAUCGGCAUUAUUAGCCUUUCAUUGCUCUGAAACCUCCAUAAUCCAACGCUUCCCCUUGUGUUCCCUGAAACCUGUUACAUAAAGAAUAAUUUUACUGGAAA